AUGGAGAACAAGCCAUCUCGGGUUCUUCUGAAAGGAGGAACACUACUCCUACAUGAGGAAAAUGAUCGAGUCGUUCCAACAAGAUCCGACUUGCUGAUUCAAGACGACCGCAUCGUCCAAAUCAACAGUGACAUUGAUCCUCCUGUCGGGACCAAGAUAAUUGACUGUACAAAUGCUUUGGUUUCUCCUGGUUUUAUCGACACCCACAGACACUUAUGGCAAUCGCAACAGAAAGGCCUUCACUGUGACCAAAUUUUGCUUGAUUACUUUCAUUCUGGAAAUCUUGCGAGUUCGCACUAUGCGCCGAAGGAUGUUUUCUGCGGUGUUCUGAGUAGCUGCAUGGAGGCGAUCGAUGCUGGAACAACUACUGUUGUUGAUCACGCGCAUGUCAAUUACUCCUCCCAGCAUAACAAAGAAGCAAUCCGUGGGCAAAUUGCCUCAGGGAUCAGAUCAGUCUUCUGUUAUUGCGUGCAUCCGCGCGUCACCACUUGGCAGCCAGAACUCAAGCUCGACCAUCAAAUAAGUCUGGAUGCAGACAUGGACGAGUUCAGAAAACUAGCCAAGGAAAAGCCUUUUGGACAGAAUGGAAGGGUCAGACUCGGAUUCGCAAUGGACACGAUGUUUGUGCCACCAAAAGUGUUGAAAACUGCUUUUGACGAAGCACGUAAACACGGCGCCCACUUGAUCACAUCUCAUGCGACUCAAGUUAGCAUGAUGGACAACAUGCCCUCCGCAGUGGCCGUGCUGAAUAACAACGCACUUCUGGGCCCUGACGUCCUGUUGUCUCAUGGCAAUAACAUCACGCCCGAGGAGCUGCGUUGGGUCGAAACAGCAGGCGCCCAUUUCUCCAGCACUCCCUUGUCAGAACUACAAAUGGGCCACGGCCACCCUAUCUGCCUGAAGGCAGAUUUUCUCCCACUCUCUUCUAUCGGGACAGACUCUAACAGUAUCUGUACCUCGUCCAUUCCUGCGCAAGCAAGCACAGCUCUACAGGCUACACGUGCGCGCCAGAUGGCGGAGAGUAUGAAGAAUGGUACUUGGGAUGGCACCAUAGGGCCGACGGUGGAGGAUGCAUUCAAUCUCGCGACUCUGCUCGGAGCACGAGCCAUCGGCCUUGGAAACGAGAUUGGGAGUCUCGAAGUGGGAAAGAAGGCGGACAUUGUGAUAUUCCAAGGUCAAAGUCCGACUAUGAUCCCCGCCGGUGAACGUCAUCCUAUCGCGGCGAUUAUCCUCCACAGCUCCGUUCGGGACGUCCAGACAGUCAUCGUUGACGGUAUAGUACGGAAGGAGAACGGCUCACUAUGCCAGAUUAGUGUUCCUGCUGAUAUUGCAUCGAAUUCUGGAACUUGUCAUUCCGGAGAGGAGGCUCUUGAGUGGAAGGAUGUGGCGAAGCUUCUGAGAGACAGCCAGUCGAGAUUGGAGGAAGUCAAAUCAACGGUUUGCGAUGAGGAUGCAGCACGGAAUGGAUUGAUCAGAUCAUUUUUGGACGCAAUGGCACAGGCAAGCAAUGCGUAA